UGUGGUUGGGCUUUCUUUUUCUUUUUUUCUUUUUUCUUUUCUGAUUAUCAUCAUUAUCAUUCAUCAUCAAAAUAGUCCUCUACCUUUACUCCCACUUUCUCUCUCUCUCUCUCUUUUACUGUCUGUCUGUGUGUGUGUAUGUGGACAAUAUUAUUGUCAAACAAACAACAAGCCAGGUUCAUUUUUUCAUUUAUUUUGUGAAGAAAAAAUUCACGUCAACAACUUGUCAAUUUUUGAUUUCGAAAAAAAAUAUUGAUUUUAAAAAUUAAAGAUUAUCUUCAAUCCCACCACACUUGUUUUGAUCAUUUGUUUUUUUUAAAGAAAAAUUAUCCAAAUUUGUUUUGAAUAUGGAUGAAGAAUAUGAUGCUAUCGUAUUGGGUACCGGUUUAAAGGAAUGUAUCCUAUCCGGUAUGUUAUCGGUAUCGGGUAAAAAAGUUUUACAUAUUGAUCGUAAUAAAUAUUAUGGUGGUGAAAGUGCAUCAAUAACACCAUUAGAAGAUUUAUUUACUAGAUUUAAUUUUGAUCCAACACAAAUGGCUAUUGAAGAAUAUGGUCGUUCAAGAGAUUGGAAUGUUGAUCUUAUUCCAAAAUUUUUAAUGGCUAAUGGACAAUUAGUUAAACUUUUACUUCAUACUGGUGUAACUCGUUACCUUGAAUUUAAAUCAAUCGAAGGUAGUUAUGUUUAUAAAGGUGGAAAAAUUUAUAAAGUACCAGCUGAUGAAAGAGAAGCAUUAUCAUCAAGUUUGAUGGGUAUGUUCGAAAAACGUCGUUUUCGUAGCUUUUUGAUAUUCGUCCAAAAUUUCAAUAUUAAUGAACCGAAAACAUAUUGUAAUAUUGAUCCAAAUAAAACAACCGGAGCUGAAUUGUAUCAAUAUUAUAAAUUGGAAAAAGAUACGGCCGAUUUUACUGGUCAUGCAUUGGCAUUGUAUCGUGAUGAUGAUUAUCUACAAGAACCUUGUCUGGAUUUAAUCAAUCGUGUUCGAUUGUAUAGCGAUUCAUUAUCGAUGUAUGGAAAAAGUCCAUAUCUUUAUCCAAUGUAUGGUUUAGGUGAAUUACCACAAGGAUUUGCAAGACUUAGUGCUAUCUAUGGUGGUACUUAUAUGUUGGAUAAACCGGUUGAUGAAUUGGUAUUUGAAAAUGGACGUGUUGUUGGUGUUCGAUCCGGUACCGAAACAGUAAAAUGUAAACAAGUUUAUUGUGAUCCAUCAUAUGUUCUUGAUCGUGUGGAAAAAGUUGGACAAGUUAUUCGUUGUAUAUGUUUGAUGAAUCAUCCGAUUCCAAAUACAAAUAAUGCACUUUCAUGUCAGAUUAUCAUUCCACAAAAACAAGUUGGCCGUAAAUCAGAUAUUUACAUUUCCAUGGUAUCAUAUACACAUCAAGUGGCAUCUAAAAAUUGGUUUAUUGCUUUAGUCAGUACCACUGUUGAAACUGAUAAUCCAGAAGCAGAAAUUCUACCCGGCUUAACAUUAUUGGGACCAAUCAAACAAAAAUUUGUAACUGUAAGCGAUCUUUAUAAACCAAAAGAUGAUGGUAAAGAUAAUCAAGUUUUUAUUUCAACAUCAUUCGAUGCUACAUCACAUUUUGAGACAACUUGUUCAGAUGUAUUGGAUAUAUUUCGUCGUGGUACCGGUGAAGAUUUUGAUUUUAGUAAAGUUAAACGUGAUUUAAAUGAUGAUUUGUAAAAG